AUGCACAUCACUACCGGUUUAAUUCCGCUACUUGCCUCUGCGGUGGGCAUCACUGCAGCUCCAACAACCCUGCAUUCUGUCGCACGAGCCGUACCAGAUAUCAAUGAAGUCGCCCGCAACCCGGCACCUAUCGAUGAUAGAGUCAAUUGGGAUGAUCACGGCAAACCGACACUUGGCGAUAUCAGUCACCUCAGUCAGGAUGAUACCAAGAAGCUUAAAGAACUCAUAAAACAUCUCCUUGGCGGCAGAGCGCUUGCGAGUAUAGGCUCUGGUGCAUCGGUCAGCGUGCAGAUCGACAGUGGCCUUGGACGAGAUAUUCAUGUGUUGACUGAGCGUCAGAUUGUGGUGUAUCAGCAAGCGGAAUAUGCGAACAAGCUGCUUUACAUCGCAACAUUAUGUUUCGCGAAACUAUCCAUCAUCUCGCUACUGAUGAUUCUGACUGAGUCGAAACUGCAUCGGAAUCUAGGCUUGGGUUUGACUGGAUUCAUCGCAUUGUGGAGCGCGCUUUCCGAGGUCGUGUCGGCUUUCCAAUGUGGCGCUAUAGAGCCGUGGCGCUUUCUUGUUAGGGGAGGAGAUUGCUUUGGUCUGGCUGCCUUCUGGCAGACGGUGGGUGUCGUCAACAUAGUGACAGAUUUGGCCUUAAUACUGUUCCCAGUACACGUCAUCAUGACGCUACAGAUGAGCACGAGUAAGAAGAUCACUAUCCUAACAUUCUUUGGUGCGCGGUCACUAGAUAUCGUAGCCUCCGCAGUCCAGAUGGCCUACCUUCGUGGAUUCACAUCACCCAACCCGACUAAGGAUCUUUGGAAAUGGACACUUUUCACACAGAUCAUCGAGUGCAUCACCAUUCUCACAUCAUGUGUGCCUUACCUUCGUCCGCUCCUAGAAUCUGUACCAUCGGGCCUCUAUGGGAGUGACGAGCUCCGACGUCGGGGUACAUCCUCAGAACAUGGCUAUUCGCACAGUAAAAGCUUCUCGUAUCAACUCUCAAGCACUACUUCAAAGGUGGGUGCUGGAAUAAGACAUAGUCAUAAGAGUUACACGGAAAGCAACAGAAUCAGACGAUUCUUACCAAUGCUUUCACAAGAGAAGACGACAAACGCCAAUUCUGCAUCCGGUGUUCCUGGAGGUCCUCGUCGUGCUGAUGGGGAGAUGGACGUUGAAAUAACUGCUGUACAUCACAAGCAUGACCAGAAGCGGUGGGAUGACAAAAGGUGGGAGACAGCCAGUACUGCAAGCCAUUCCAAGAUCUUAAAGACUACGGUUGUUAGCGCGCAAUGGGAGGAAGCGGAGGUGAAGAGUUAUGAUGCUUCCAGCGAUGAAAUCGUGAUCAUGCAUUGA